AUGAUUUUGCUCUACGGAGAAACGAGAGGCAAUGCUGCUCGAGCUCUCAAUUUGUACCGGGAGCGGAAUCCUAACCGGAGGCAUCCUGCGAACGGCCGCGUCAUUGUGAACGCUGUGAAACGUGUGCGGGACGACCUGCCCAUAUCCGGCAGAGUGCAGCCGCCACAAGGGCCUGGUGCAGCAUUUAACGUCAGACUGGCACUGGAACGACGGAUUCUUCAGCACUUCCGUGAACGUCCAACUACCAGCACAAGGAGAGCGGUAUUACAACAAUCUGCCGGAGGAAAUAAGAAACGCAACAUGGUUCCAACUCGAUGGAGCCCCUGCUCAUUCCACUGUGGCAAUCCGUGAAAAGUUGUCUGAAUUAUUUGGAGAUCGAUGGAUCGGACGAUUCGGACCUAAGCGAUGGCCACCGAGGUCGCCGGAUUUAACUUGUCUGGACUU